UGUGCCUUGUCUUGUUUUCCUGUUAGUUUUGAGGUGGUGAUUUUGUACUUGAGUAGUGCCUAAGAGAACAAAAUGUGGCAUAAUAUUUUAUUGGUUAUUUUACUCCUGGUGUUAUUUUGUGUGCGAGAUGUGAGGAAACCAGCGUUUUUUCCACCAGGUCCCGGUUGGCUCCCGCUCGUAGGCUGUGGCUAUCACGUGUAUAAAUUAGUGAAAUCUCACAGCUUCUACCAUCUGCUGUGGGCUGAUUUGGUGCGUCGAUUCGGACCCGUGGUCGGUUUGAAGCUCGGUCGCGAUCGUGUUGUCAUCGUAUCCGGUGCUGUUGCUAUCCGGGAGUUCUACUCCAAGGAGGAACUGAACGGUCGCCCCGACGGGUUCUUCUUUCGGGUGCGAUCGUUCAAUAAACGACUCGGGAUUGUGUUCACCGACGGCGAAGAUUGGGACGUUCAGAGGCGGUUCUCUAUCAAAACGCUGAAAGCACUGGGAAUGGGUAAAGCCGGCAUGGCGUUCAAUGUGGAAAAGGAAGCUGAAGAAUUGAUUCAUCAUCUUCGUAAACUUGCUAGGAAACGGAAUCAUAUCGCGAUGCACAAUGCUUUCGAUAUCUCGGUUUUGAACGUUAUCUGGACACUUAUUGCAGGAAAAAGAUUUCAUCUCGACGAUAAACGACUGGAAUGGAUCACAAGCACAAUACAUAAGAGCUUUCGCGUGAUCGACAUGUCCGGAGGCCUGUUGAAUCAGUUUCCUUGUAUCAGGCAUGCUUUUCCUACCGCUUCUGGAUAUGCUCCAUUAGUCAAUUUGUUGAGUCCCUUGUGGGAUUUUUUAAAAGACAGCAUUCAGGUGUUAAACAAAAAACCAAAGGUAAUCGAUACCGAAGACUGUCUCAUCUCAUCGUACCUCCGAGAGCUUCAAAAAGAUAGCCUACAUUCGUCGUUCAGCAACAAGCAACUGCUCUGUCUGUGUCUGGACCUUUUCCAGGCCGGGUCAGAAACUACCAGCAACACUCUGGGAUUCGGAAUCGCCUACAUGCUGCAUCAUCCGAGCGUCGUCGAAAAGAUCCACCAGGAACUGGACAAAGUUGUCGGACGAUAUCGUCUUCCACUGCUGGACGAUCGGCGUCAUCUGCCAUAUACGGAAGCAGUGGUUUGUGAAAUUCAAAGGAUUGCCAACGUGGCACCACUGGCUAUCGCCCACCGGGCACUUCAACCAGUACAGCUGGGGACCUACGUAAUACCGAAGAAUGCCAUUGCGAUGGUUUCGCUUUAUUCACUACAUAUGGAUCGAUCCUACUGGGGUGAUCCGGAGUGUUUUCGCCCGGAGCGCUUCCUGAACGAGACUGGAGAUAAACUAAUUCAACAUGAGAAUUUUCUGCCCUUUGGUUCGGGAAAACGACGUUGCCUAGGCGAAUCGUUGGCUAAAUCGAAUCUGUUUUUGUUUUUUGCUGCAUUUAUGCAUGCUUUUAUAGUCGAGCCGGCGAUCGAGGGUAAACUACCCGAAUUAGAGGGAAUUGACGGAAUUACACUUUCUCCAAAACCGUACCAUGUAAAAUUAAGGGAGAGGCUGAUUUGAAAUACAAACACAAUCAAAUCAAUAUUUCUAACUAACUAACGUCAAAGUUGAGAAACUCUUCUUUAAGGCUUGGAAUGAGAACAUAUGAACAUAUGUUUUUGUAAUUUGAUUACAAUUAGUUUAGCAUCCAAAAAUAUUUAUUCCUAGUGCUUAGUUUGCUGUCAGAGUGCAAAUGUUAACGCCAAGCGCACGCAGAGAUUGUUUUGAAGCCAAUUUCUCCUUUAUACAUAAACAAUUAUAUCUGAUUGAUUUGAAGCAGAAUUCUAAUCCUGGCUAACGAAAAAAUUAUUUGUUUCGGUUGAUUAUAUGUGUAAUAACACAACUAGGUUUAUUGUUUGAAUAAUCUCAUUUUCGGGAAAGUCUUUUUUCUGAUGGAAGAAUUGCAUAGCUGAAAACGCCGUUUUUCAACUUGUUCAUUGAAUCUCUCGCCUUCAAAAGCAUGGAUCAAAAAUCUAUCCUGACAAUAUCUAGAUAAUUUAAUUUAG